AUUCGGAGCACCCACCAAUCAGGAGCACCCACGAUCCUAAGCUCCGAUGUUUGUUGUAACGUCUGCUAGAAUGGCAGCAAUAAAAUUGAUUUGGUCUUUAUUCAUAAAUGUAAUGAUAAGUGUAAUUCUAACUGUGGCAGGGAGAGAUUUUUAUGCCAUUUUAGGCAUACCAUCGACAGCAAGCCAACAUGCGAUAAAAAAGGCAUACAGAAAAUUGGCAAAAGAAUUACAUCCUGACAAAAAUAAAGACGAUCCGAAUGCCUCUCAGAAAUUUCAAGAUCUGGGUGCAGCUUACGAGGUUCUGUCAGAUAAUGAAAAGAGAGAAAUGUAUGACAGAUGCGGAGAAGAAUGUUUGAAAAAGGAUGGUAUGAUGAAUAAUGCUGAUCCAUUUGCAAGUUUCUUUGGUGAUUUUGGCUUCCACUUUGGCGGAGAAUCUCAUCACCAGCAAGAAACACCUAAAGGAUCUAAUAUCAUAAUGGACUUAGUAGUUACUUUAGAAGAAUUAUAUAGUGGAAAUUUUAUAGAGAUAACAAGAAAUAAGCCAGUUACGAAGGCAGCAAAAGGAACAAGAAAGUGUAAUUGUAGACAAGAAUUGGUUACUCGCAAUUUAGGAAAUGGAAGAUUUCAAAUGAUGCAACAAUCAGUUUGUUCAGAAUGUCCAAAUGUUAAAUUUGUUACAGAAGAACGUGUAUUAGAGGUUGAAGUAGAACCUGGCAUGGUAGAUGGACAAGAAACUAAAUUUAUAGCAGAAGGUGAACCACAUUUGGAUGGGGAACCUGGAGAUUUAAUCUUAAAAAUACGAACACAACCACAUCCAGUUUUUGAAAGAAUUGGUGACGAUCUAUAUACAAAUGUUACUAUAUCUAUGCAGGACGCGUUAAUAGGUUUUAAAAUGGAUAUAGAACAUUUAGAUGGUCACAAAGUAGCUAUUCAGAGGGAUAAAGUAACCAAACCGGGAGCUCGUAUUAGGAAAAAGGGAGAAGGCAUGCCUAAUUACGAGAAUAAUAAUCUUCAUGGCACCUUAUAUAUCACAUUCGAUGUUGCUUUCCCCGAGACAGCAUUCACUGAUACUCAAAAAGAAGAAAUAAAAACUCUACUACAACAAGAUUCUGUAAAUCGAAUUUAUAAUGGAAUAAGGGGAAAUUAAGAACUUUAAGUGUAACGUAUGUACAAAGUGACAGUAUAAAAUGUGCAUACGACCGAGGUGUGCGUGUUGACUCAGUGUGUUUCUAUACCAAGUGGUGCUUUCGCUUCCUUGAAAUGUGGGUACCAACAGGUUUGGUAGCCAACCAUCAGGUCAGUUGAAAUGGAUACAUGUAGCAAACAUAAUAACCAUUGCAAGUACACGUACUUCCUCUUUGAUUAUAAGAAACUGGUUAUAUAUAUUAUUGCCAAUUACUUACACGGAUGUCAGGAAUGGUUGUGCGGUUUAUUUAACGAAAUAAAUUAUUUUUCGUUUAACACGCGCGGGUGAUGUAUGAGUGUUUUACAUGAACAGAAAUUUUGCAUUUAAACAGUGAGAGAUACUCGAUGAAAAUGUUUUUAAAUAUCAAACCUAGUAUCCAAUAAUAAAGUAUUGUAUUACGAUUUUUCUAUUGACAUUAUUCGCAAUAAAAUGUACAACACCAUCCGUCAUCGAUAACUCUAAAUCAAUCAUUUAAUGUGCAAUCAUUUAAACUUGCGUUUUAAAUAUUUAUUAAAAAUGUUUCACAUUAAAUUGUACAUUAGUUUAUACUUUAUAAAGGUUUUAUUUCAGUACCUCUGCGUACACUUCAUUUACAAAAAUUAAAGUAUAAUUCUUUCGUCAGAUACAACACAGUAUGUUGUAACGUUUUGUUGCUUUGUACACAGCAACCUUAAAAUCUUUCAUAAAAAGGAGGCCAUAAAUAAAUUAUAAUUUUUAUAUCUUUA